GCGAGAACAGCAUACUGUCGCUGCCUGCAAGCUGACAGUACAGGUAGCUCACAGCCAAUUUAUCUGGAUUUUGAACAUAUUCACUGUCCAUUUUACGGCAAUGGAUGUUCCCGAAGCCAUCGACGAACCAGAAAGGCCAAGGCAUCAUCCGUUCCUAAUUGGGGUUAGCGGAGGAACAGCCAGCGGCAAGUCAACAGUUUGCGCCAAGAUCAUGGAGCUCCUGGGCCAAAACAAGGUGGACCACCGCCAGAGGAAAGUGGCCAUUAUAAGCCAGGACAGCUUCUACAAAGUCCUGACUCCAGAUCAGAAAGCAAAAGCUCUUAAAGGCCAGUACAACUUUGAUCACCCAGAGGCAUUUGACACCGAGUUAAUGUACAAAACAUUGAAGGACAUUGUGGAGGGAAAGGUGGUUGAAGUGCCAACAUAUGAUUUCGUCACCCAUUCCAGGUUGGAAGACAGGAUCACAGUGUACCCAGCAGAUGUGGUUCUCUUUGAGGGAAUCCUUGUUUUCUAUCCCCAGAAUGUGCGUGAUAUGUUUCACAUGAAGCUGUUUGUGGACACAGAUUCAGAUGUCAGAUUGUCUCGCAGAGUCUUGCGAGACAUGAGCAGAGGGCGUGACCUGGAGCAGAUUCUCAGUCAGUAUACAACGUUUGUAAAGCCUGCUUUUGAGGAGUUUUGUUUGCCUACUAAGAAGUAUGCAGAUGUCAUCAUUCCAAGAGGAGUUGACAAUAUGGUUGCCAUCAACCUCAUCGUGCAGCACAUCCAAGAUAUUCUGAACGGUGACAUUUGCAAAUGGCAGCGUGGAUCCAUUAAUGGCCAUGGCCGAAGCUUCAAACGGGUCAUCUCUGAGCAGUGCGACCUGCAGAACGGUGCCACCAACCCGCCACCUAAAAGGGUCCUGCUGGAGCCCAGUAGUCGGCCUCACUGAGGCUGAGUGGGUUUGUGUGUGCAUGUGAAUGAAUGGGUCCAGACUGUGAUUGUGAGCUUUUAUUUGGAAUUGCUGCUAUUAAUGUGUCAGUCACUGUAUCACCCUCUGCAGGUUUUGAGAAUAUUAUCUACAAUCACAUUGCAAACAUUCAAAGCUGUAGUCAGUUCAUUAUUUUUACUAAAAUUGUCAGUGUGUAUCUAGCAUGCAUAUAGGUUUUCUUUCCAUAAAUGAGUCUUCCAUUAUGUUUUUUUUUUAAUGUUACCUGAAUGGUUACAUGAGGUGUUACUGAUAUGGAAGGUCUUAUAUUUGAGAGUAAGAAGUGUUAUUUAAAAAUUUAAUUUCUUUGUGCUUUUGCACUUCGAAUUUGACUGUACAGGUAAGCUGUGUUGGGCUUCUUUAAAAUUAGUAUAUUUAAAUUAAUAUAGUUAUGUUGCUUUCCCUUUUCCCGUUUGUAAUAACUUCUUAAAAUCAGAUUAGAGCCAGAUGUAUUGUUUAGAAAUAUUACACUUAGUUUGAUACAUAGCACCUUUUCAUUAUUUAAUGCUGAAUCCACGCCUUAAUUUUUUAAAACAAUUUUUCAAUUACUGUUUCUUUACAACAAUAAAUGGAAAUUCUUUUAA